CGCCCCCGCGCUCAGCCCCGCCCCUCACGCACGACCCGCCCCUUCCCGGGAUCCGCUAGACCUGUUGCUUGACGUUCUGCUCAGGAACCCUAACCUGCGAACAUGGCGAACCAGGUGAUCAGAUGCAAGGCUGCAGUCGCCUGGGAGGCUGGAAAGCCUCUCUCCAUAGAGGAAGUCGAAGUAGCACCUCCCAAGGCUCACGAAGUUCGAAUUAAGAUCAUCGCCACCGCCAUUUGCCACACCGAUGCCUAUACCCUGAGUGGAGCUGAUCCUGAGGGGUGUUUCCCAGUGAUCUUGGGACAUGAAGGCGCUGGGAUUGUGGAAAGCGUUGGUGAAGGGGUCACUAAGGUGAAGGCAGGUGACACUGUCAUCCCGCUUUACAUCCCACAGUGUGGAGAAUGCAAAUUUUGUCUGAAUCCUAAAACAAACCUUUGCCAGAAGAUAAGAGUCACUCAGGGGAAAGGAUUAAUGCCAGAUGGCACUAGCAGAUUUACCUGCAAAGGAAAGUCUAUUUUUCAUUUCAUGGGAACCAGCACAUUUUCUGAAUACACAGUUGUGGCUGACAUCUCUGUUGCUAAAAUUGACCCUUCAGCACCUUUGGAUAAAGUCUGCCUUCUCGGGUGUGGCAUUUCAACCGGCUACGGUGCUGCUGUGAACACUGCCAAGGUGGAGCCUGGUUCUACCUGUGCCGUCUUUGGCCUGGGAGGAGUUGGAUUGGCAGUGAUCAUGGGCUGUAAAGUGGCUGGCGCAUCCCGGAUCAUUGGUAUCGACAUCAAUAAAGAUAAAUUCGCAAAGGCCAAAGAAUUUGGAGCCUCUGAAUGUAUUAACCCCCAGGAUUUCAGUAAACCCAUCCAGGAAGUACUCAUUGAGAUGACAGACGGGGGAGCAGACUACUCUUUUGAGUGCAUCGGCAACGUGAAGGUCAUGAGAGCAGCCCUCGAGGGGGUGCACAAAGGCUGGGGAGUCAGUGUGGUGGUUGGCGUAGCUGCUUCAGGUGAAGAAAUCGCCACUCGCCCAUUCCAGCUGGUGACAGGACGCACGUGGAAAGGCACUGCCUUUGGAGGAUGGAAGAGUGUGGAGAGUGUCCCAAAGCUGGUGUCUGAAUAUAUGUCAAAAAAGAUAAAAGUUGACGAAUUUGUAACUGACACUCUAACCUUCGACCAAAUCAACCAAGGCUUCGACCUGAUGCACUCGGGGAAAAGCAUUCGAACCGUUCUAAAGAUGUAAGUUCAGAAGAGAACACUGUCCUUCCUGUACUUUUUCCUGUGAUCAGAAGAGAACAGACUGAUAGAUCUGCUUCAGAAACUACUAGGAGUGCAUGUAAUCAUGUCUAUAAUCAAGGACAAGGCAAAUAAUCAAUCACAAGUCAGUUUUCUGAACUCUCCACGUAAAUAAUUGCUGCUCAAGAAAUAUUUUAACAUAAUAAAAAUACUUUCUGCA